ACGCGGAAGGGCCGGGCGGAAGGAGCUUCGCCGGAAGCGAAGGGAGGAACAAUUUUUUUAUUGAAGAUUUUGUCCCAAAGAGGUUAAAUCUCACCAAAAGAGCCCAACCCAGACCCCCCCUUUUCCUCGACACCGGCGUCCGCCACGAUGAUCCUGCUAGAAAUCAAUAACCGCAUCAUAGAGGAGACGCUGUCGUUGAAGUUUGACGGCGCAUCCAACGGAACCAAACCAGAGGCUGUCGAUGUGACGUUUGCAGACUUCGAUGGCGUCCUGUAUCACAUCUCCAACCCCAACGGGGACAAGACCAAAGUGAUGGUCAGCAUCUCCCUCAAGUUCUACAAGGAGCUGCAGGAGCAUGGAGCUGACGAGCUACUCAAGAGAGUCUAUGGGAAUUUCCUGGUUUCACCAGAACCCGGUUACAACGUGUCCCUGCUGUACGACCUGGACUCGCUGCCCGCCAACAAGGACGAGGUGAUCCACCAAGCCGGGAUGCUGAAGAGGAACUGCUUCGCGUCGGUGUUCGAGAAGUACUUCAAGUUCCAGGAGGAGGGCAAAGAGGGCGAGAAGAGGGCCGUGGUGCACUACAGGGACGACGAGUCCAUGUAUGUGGAGGCCAAGAAGGACAGAGUGACGGUCGUGUUCAGCACGGUGUUCAAAGACGACGACGACGUGAUCAUCGGGAAGGUCUUCAUGCAGGAGUUCAAAGAGGGCCGGAGGGCCAGCCACACGGCCCCCCAGGUGCUGUUCAGCCACAGGGAGCCUCCUCUGGAGCUGAAGGACACGGACGCCGCCGUGGGGGACAACAUCGGAUACAUCACCUUCGUCCUGUUCCCUCGUCACACCAACGCCAAUGCCAGAGACAACACCAUCAACCUCAUCCACACCUUCAGGGACUACCUGCACUACCACAUAAAGUGCUCCAAGGCCUACAUUCACACACGCAUGAGGGCCAAGACAUCGGACUUCCUCAAGGUGCUGAACCGCGCUCGGCCCGACGCCGAGAAGAAGGAGAUGAAAACCAUCUCUGGGAAAACCUUCUCCCGUUGAGCCUUGCCAUCCCCUCCCCCCCCCCCCCCCCCCCGAAUGAUUCAAGCCCCCCCCCCUCCUCCAUGCCCCGACCCCGUGGACACGCCCAAACGCACCCACAUCAAGACCCGGACCGGACCGGACAGGACUCCAGCCCUCGGCCCUGCCUCCCAAACACGUGUCCACACUUUGUUUUUUUUUUUUUUUUUGUUGUUUCGGGAUGAAUAAUAAUAAUAAGCGUCGUCCAAGGAAAGCCGCGGCUCACUGUCAGUGGGGGGGAAAAGAAAAAAAAAAAAAGGCCAUUCCUUGCUUUGCAUAGUUAGAGAGAAUUAUUAGCCCGAUAUAAAUAUAUAUAUGGAAAAAAAAAAAAACAGUUUUUGAUACGAUAUCUUUUACUCCAUUUGGUACUCUUGCUUGCCCCUCAGCAUACAGAAUC